AUGGACCAGCCAGCCGGCCUGCAGGUGGACUAUGUCUUCCGGGGUGUGGAGCAUGCCGUGCGGGUGGUGGUGUCUGGGCAGGUGCUGGAGCUGGAGGUGGAGGACCGGAUGACGGCUGACCAGUGGCGGGGCGAGUUCGAUGCCAGCUUCAUCGAAGAUCUGACUCACAAGACAGGGAACUUCAAACAGUUCAACAUCUUCUGUAACAUGCUGCAGUCGGCUCUCACCCAGAGCAGUGAGUCGGUCACCCUUGACCUGCUGACCUACACAGACCUGGAGUCCCUGCGUAAUCGCAAGAUGGGGGGCCGCCCAGGCCCUUUGGCCUCAAGAUCAGCCCAGCUCAACUCCAAGCGCUACCUGAUCCUCAUCUACUCUGUGGAGUUUGACAGGAUUCACUACCCGCUGCCCCUCCCGUACCAGGGCAAGCCGGACCCUGUGGUCCUGCAGGGCAUCAUCCGCUCACUGAAGGAGGAGCUGGGCCGCCUUCGAGGGCUGGACGGCCAGGAUGCUCGGGACACCCGGGAGACUGAGAUCUGGCACCUGAGGGAACAGUGAGUCCGGGAGGCGAAUAGACAAAGAGAGAUAGAGUAUGAAUGGGGGAGGAGC